AUGGAGUGUCUCAGGAGCAGCAACAGCAGCAGCAACAACAAAAACAGCAACAGCAGCAACAGCAGCAGCAGCAGCAGCAGCAGCAGCAGCAGCAGCAGCAGCACGGACCUUGACUGUCUUAUUGCCUCAACACUCGAAGACCUAGCAGAGUUCUCCAUCUCCCCCAAUCAGCAGCAGAAACAGCAGCAGCAGCAGCAGCAGCAGCAAAAUGCUGCUCUGCAACAGCAACAUGCGCCACUGCAGCAGCAGCAGCAGCAGCAUGCGCCACUGCAGCAGCAGCAGCAGCAGCAGCAGCCCUGUCCGCCGGUAAUCCUCGCAUCAGAAAGGGCAGCAUGUGCUGUAGAAGCUGCAGCAGCAGCUGCUGCUGCAUCUGCUACUGCAGCCACUGGUGUGGAGAAAACACCAGCAGCAGCAGCAGCAGCAGCAGCAGCAGCAGCAGAACUUGCGACGGCCGCAGCAGCAGCAUCAACAGCAUCAACAGCAGCAGGAGCAUCAGACUGUGAUCCUUUAAGUUUUUGUGUACAGGGGUUGGAGCGGGAGCUGCAGCAGCUGAGGCAGUCUCUCCCCGUGCCUGCUGCUGCUGCUGCGAAUAGCCCCUCAGCAGCAGCAGCAGCAGCAGCAGCAGCAGCAGCAGCUGGAGCUUCUUCGCCUGAUGAUGACUCCGGUCUUUUUAAUUUGCUGCAGACCCUGACGAAUGUGCUGCAGGCAGUCGGGAAGGAAACUUCUGCUGCUGCUGCUGCUGCUGCUGCUGGUUCUGGCGAUGAUUCAGGUACAGCAGCAGCAGCAGGAGCAGCAGAAUCAUCGGCGGCAGCAGCAGCAGCAGUAACUCCGGACGUUCUUGCUGCUGCUCUGCAGAGCUUGAAUGGUGAUGCUCCCCCACUUGCAGCAAUAGCUGAGCCAGUGCAGCAGCUGCUGCAGCUGUACGAGCCUUGGCUGGAGCAGCAGCAGCAGCAGCAGCAGCAGCAGCAGGCAGCAAGUGUGCCGGCUGAUGAGUUGCGGCGUUAUGAGAAGCAAGUUGCUGUUUACAGGCGUAUUGUCUUCUUGUGUGAGCAGCAGCAGCAGCAGCAGCAGAAGCAGCAGCAGCAGCAGCAGCAACAGCAGCAGCAGCAGCAAGCAACGGGGACAGUAGCAGCUGCUGCAGCAACAGCAGCAGCAUGGGAGGUGCUGCUUGAGCUGCAGCAGAAGCUGGAGGAAGCCUGUAACUUAGGAGACAUUCCCCCUGAAGUCCAGCAGCAACUCGCUGCAGCAGAAGCAGCUGCUCCGCCAUCUGCUGCUACUGGCCUAGUGUCGCAGCAGCAGCAGCAGCAGCAGAAGCAAGUAGCUGGAAGCAGCACAACGGGCGCUUCCACUUCACCGGCCUCUGGGAACAGCAGCAACAGCAAUAGCAGCAGCAGCAGCAGCAACAGCAGCAGCAGCAGCAGCAGCAGCAGCGGAGUAGUUGGAGAUGAGCUUUCGGAGUUCUUUGAUUUUGUUGCUGCGCUGCAGUCUGCUGCAGCAGCAGAAGGCAUAGAUCUGCUCGACGGUAAUUUAAUGCAGCAGCUGCUGCAAGGUAAUGAUAAGGACCCGCGAAUCACUACGCUUCUAGACAAUGUAGAGAAGCAGCAGCAGCAGCAGCAGCAGCAGCAGCAGCAAAGGCAGCAGCAGCAGCAGCCACAAGGGCAGCAGCAGCAGCGCGAACUGCAGCAACCAGGCCAACAGCAGCAGCAGCAGCAGCAAAAGAAGAAGGAAAUGAUGCAGGUUAAAGAAGCAGAAGAAAGAUGUAGACAGCAGUAG